AUGCCUUUGGAUGCCGAACAAUUAUUGAGUAGCCAUCUUAACAAAGAUGCACAUCAAGGUGGAAGUCUAUGGACAAGGGCAAGGAGAAUGACUGGGGUAUUUAGUGAGGAGCUUGGAUUUAACUCACUAAUGAGCUGUUCUAGAGAUAUUUAUUUAAUUAUUUUUAUGCGAAUGAUAAGAUUGGUUGCAUUCCAUGGUGUACAGCUUAUCCUUAUUAUAUAUUUGAAGGAGUUGGAAUUUGAUGAUAGGCUUGUUGGGUUGUUCAUGACCAUAACACACCUUGGAGAUCUUAUCACUAGUUUCUUCCUUCUGGUGAUUGCAGACAAUGUGGGAAGGAGAGCUAUAUUUAAAUUUUCGUCCGUGGUUAUGGGGCUCACCGGUGUGGCAUUUUUAUUGGUUAAAACACAUGGACUAUUGAUAUUCAUAUCCUUUAUUGGGAUUAUGACUCCCGGUGGGGAUGUGGGACCUUUCAAGUCCAUUGAAUCGUCAUCAUUGGCUUCUUUAGUACCUUAUGAAAAAAGAUCUGAUAUAUAUGCGUGGUAUGGAUUCUUAGCAAAAUGUUUCGCUUCCCUAGGAAUCUUGUCAGCAGGGUACCUUAUUUAUUUUGCAGAACAAGUAUAUGGUCUUAGCGUUAUUGACAGUUAUAGAACCAUUUUUGUCAGCUAUGUUGUAAUUGCAGUUCUUAUGUACAUAUCUUCAGUCCUUUUAUCACCCGCGGUGGAAUGGGAAAACGAGACGAAAAAAUAUAAGCAUGUCGUGGUGGUCACGGAAGACGAUGAAGAAGAAGAGAUUACUGUCGAGAGAAGUAGAUCCGAAGAUGUGCCACAGAAUGAAGAUACCAAUCUGGGUGAAGAUGAAGGAGAAGUAGAAGGUCAAGGCCAAGGUCAAAGUCAGGGGGAAGCUGAAUGUGAAGAUCAGGAUGAAGACCACGAACAAACUCACUUACUUUCGCACCGUACUUCUCAAUAUUCGCUACUCAGUUCACACAGUAGAGUCAGCGUGCACAGCAGAAUUAGUCAUGGUAGUAGGAUCAUAGUUGAAUCUGUCCUUGAUAAAAUCAAAACUACUAACUUAUUUCCAAAACUCUCACACAAGUCUUACAUAACUGUUUUGAAAUUAUCACUAUUAUUCGGUCUAGAUGCAUUUGCUUCAUCUUUUAUAGGAGGAUCAUGGCAAAUAUACUACAUUUUGCACAAAUUCAAAGUUCAACCUUCAGAAGUUGGAUCUAUGUUCUUUGUCACUGGACUUAUAGCUGGAUUUAUGUCUUUACUCGGUUCUACACUAUGUAAAAGAAUUGGACCCAUUGCUACCAUGGUUAUAACACAUUUACCUGCAUCUCUAUUAAUUAUGGUCCUACCCAUCCCAAGGAAUCUAAGCUUGACCUUUGGUGUCUUAGUCUUACGUUCCUGUGUACAGUCUAUGGAUGCGGCUCCUAAGCAAGUAUUCCUUACUGCUAUUGUUCCUCCAAAUGAACGCACAUCGGUAAUUGGUUGGGUACAUGUUGUGCAAACGUUAUGUCACACUGUGGGUCCAAGCAUUGCUGGAUUCUUUUUAAGCUGGGAUAAACAGUGGAUAUCUUUCGUAAUUGCUGGAAUUUUAAAAGUUACAUAUGAUAUGGGUAUUAUGGUAACGUUCAUGCAUAUGAAUAGACAACAUGUUUACGAAUAG